GCCGUGCUAGUGCCAAUCGGGGAAACAUCGGCGCGUGGAGCACCUGCAGCAAGUCCUGAUAGCCGGCCGCCUUGAGCCUCAUCAACACGCUCGUCAUACCCAAUACCCCUCCAUCCAGCUGGCCAUGUUCUCGCCCGCUGUUGGCAGAGUCGCCCGCUCUGCAAACACUUUCUCUACUGCGCCUGCGGCUUCCUAUGUCUUCACCCGCUGCGCCCGCUCUGCGCUGAGCACCAGCACGGCGCCGCAACAACCCUUCCGACCCAGCCACCAGCGGCGCUACUCGUCCUCGAAGCCGUCCACACCCCCGAAUAGCAAGAAGAAGCCCACCGAGUUAGAUCAGAAUGCGACGGCAGAGCUCCAGGGUGCUGGAAAGAAGUCCAAGGAGACGAAGAAGCUGAAGGAGCCCUCGACGGCUACCACAGGCAACAACGUGCCCUUUGUACCGCCAACAAACCACCUCCGGGAAGACGAUGUCAAACUAUCCGCCUUCUUCGGCCUCCACCGCCCCAUCUCCAUCUCGCGCUCCUUCCCCAACGCAACGUCGACCGCUGAAUUCGAUGCAUUCUUUGACGUGAACCGGGCGAAUGACGUCCAAAGAAUGGAAGCCACCAAGAACGUCCUCGCUGGCUUCUUGGACCGCGUAAACGCCGAGAUCGAUGCACAGGAGGAGCAGCGAGCCGAUGCGAUACAAUCGGAACAGGAGGUAUACCACCUCGAUGUUGAACCCACACAGCAAAACGUAGAAGACUGGGCUGCUCGCCUUGUUCCCUUCCAAGCACCAGCGGCACCCGAGCCCUACGAUCCUCUAGCGAGCGCGCCUCAGGCCGAGUCCCACUCCGCUGAAGGUCUCUCCGCUAGCAUCAACCAGCGCAUAACCGAAGUCCCGCUGCCCGCGCAAGAGAGAAAGCCAAGCACAUUUCGCCAGCACGUUGCGCGACGAAGAUACGGCAUGUAUAUGAUUAGUGUAAAGAGGCAACGGAAGCUCAAGAUGAAGAAGCACAAGUACAAGAAGCUCAUGAAGAGGACGAGGCUGUUGCGGAGAAAGCUCGAUAGGUUGUAGUGAGUACAUAGCGUUGGCGUUAUAGACAUGCAUGGCCAGGUCGAAGAGAAUCACUUCAUGGACUCGCCGACUGCUGGCCUUGGGACUUCGAUGUCGCCUGCGCCGCCGCGAAACCGGUCGCAAUGACCAGGAAUAACACCCGCGGCUUAACGGUCGCCUCCCUACCGUCCUUCGCUUGACAGAAGGCAUUACGAAUUUACUCGACUCAUCUCUCGAAUUUCGCGCAUUGUCCUGGUGUUUUGAGCAGCUUGUUUUGAUCGCAUUUGGCACCGGACAGGGCUGCGUCUUCUUUCCCAAUAC